CCGGUCGUGUUUCUUGUCAACUUGACAAGUGAAACAAGGACAAAAAUUCUUUUCGUAAAAACAGUGAUUUUGUAAAGACGUUGUAAGGACGUCAUGCCUUUCGCGCGAUUUGUUGAACCAGGGCGUGUUGCCCUGGUAGCUGACGGUCCCCUGAAGGGAAAGUUAGUAAGCGUGGUCGAUGUUAUUGACCAGACCCGUGCUCUCGUCGACGGGCCUUGCAGCGGCGUCUCACGUCAACAGAUCCGCCUUAACCAGCUGCAUCUCACCAAGUUCCGUCUGAACUACCCAUUCACAGCGCCCACUCGCAUAGUGAGGAAAGCAUGGACGGAUGCUAAACUCAGCGAAAAGUGGACAGAAAGUCAGUGGGCCACAAAACUCGCCAACAAAGAGAAACGUGCACAGAUGACAGACUUCGACCGUUUCAAGCUGACGUCCGCGCGUGUGAAGAGGAAUCGCGCCAGGACGGCAGUGUUCAAGAGCUUGAAGGUGAAGGCCGCGCGUGCUGGUACCUUCGGCAAGAAGUUGGUGCCCAAGGCAGCCGCCAGGAAGGUGCGCACCAAGAAGCCCAGCGGCAAGAAACCGGCGAAGAAGUAAUUCUUUAGUGCCUCAACAAGGUUAUAAAGUGUGACUAUCAAGGGACAGUAAAUAAAGAAUUACUCUAAGCCAAA